UUACACCACAGCUAUUGGCUGUUCUAACUUCUAGACUCUAGCAGUAGAUAUUGAGUUAGAGUAACAGUUUGUGAAUUGUGAUAUUGAACUUCGAUUAUUUAUUAACACAUCAAAAAGUCUAUUUAAAUCAGUUUUAUAUAUUUAAAAAAUCCCAGAUUCUUGAAAUAUAUAAGAAACAGUCAGAGGUGAAAACUCAAAAAUACUUUUACAUCUGAGAACCGACCUUCCUCAUAAUGUACAGACCACAUUAUAACCAGUUUUUGAAUAAUCAACAAAAUAAUCCUAAUCCAAGAUUAGAUCCACAGUGGAAUAGAAACAGUACCCGAGACCACUAUUCACCAAGGAGAUUUAACAAUCAUCCAUUUUCACAACCUUAUGGUAUCAAUCAAGGAUUUCAAGCUCAUAGUAAUGAAUACUGGUGCGAAACUUGUGACAGAGGAUUCGCAGGACAAGUUCUACUUGAUAACCAUAAAAAACAACAUCAGAAAUGUAAUAUUGAUGGCUGCCAAUUUAUUGCUCAUCCAAAAGUUAUUACUAAACAUAUACAAAUGCAACAUUCAACUGGCCUGUAUAAAAAGAUAGCAAAUUUAAACAAUCCAGAGGAAAUUGAAAAAUGGCGAGAAGAAAGACGAAAAAAAUAUCCAACAAAAAGUAACAUAGAUAAGAAAAAAUUAGAACUACAGGAAAAAAUUGAAAGAGGAGAAAAAAUGGGUAUAAAAGCUGUAAACACUCAAGAUGGACACAAAAGGAGACAUAGAUUUGGUGAUAAAUAUCCCAGAAAAGAAAAUAAAAUUAUAAAAAGAACCAUUCCUUCAUAUACUAAAAGACCAAUAGUACCCAAAAAGAUAGUAAAAUUUGAUACAGAUCAAGAUGGAAGACACCUUAAGCCAUUUGCUGGUAUACAACAGUUAAUUGAAGACACAUCAGAAAGUGAGCCUUCGUCACCAGAACCUUCAAAAGUUCUUAUAGAUGAUGAUGAGUUUGUAGAUGAUCCAAACAUUACUUCAGAAACUAAACCAGUGGUGUGCGGGGCUCUUAUAUCUUUAUUAAAUGAUUAUGGUUCAUCAGAUGAUGAAGAUAACUCAAACACAAUACAUGAGAAAUGUAUAGUUGCACCUGUUUUUAAGGAUGAAACUCAACAGCUGGAUGCAAAAAUUAACCUGGAAGAUGAAGAUAGUGGUCCAGAAGAAGUACAGGUUAUUAAAGAAAUCGUAACACCUACUUUAUUAAAUACUAUGACACAAACAAAACCGUUACCCAAAUGUAAAAAACAAGAUAAAAUCAAAAUACCUCAAAAUAGUUUUAAACGCAAAUUGCCUUCUACGUUACUUGAAAAGCUUUUGAGCAGUGAAAUACGAAAAGAAAGAAAUAUUGUUCUUCAAUGUAUAAGAUACAUAAUUAAGAAUAAUUUUUUGGAUAAAGAUCAUAAGUAGUAUAUAUAGACGUCAGCACAUAACAAAUAGACAACUACUUGUUUGCGUAUUUAUAAUAUAUUUGGAUUCAAAAUUAUUAGUUUUUACGUUUUCAGUCAUUAUUCAUUCAGUCUCAUGGCCCUUACCUCACGGAAGUUCCACUUUUUUAAGCUUUCAGACUUAGUUCUAGCUUAAUCUUAAUAUUUUUUUGUACAUUUAUACAUUUACAGACUUUGUUCUGUCAAAUAGAAUUGGAUUGUGGCAGUUUAUUGUUCCUACCUAUUUUAUAGUUAGCUCAAAAAUCUGAACAGAACCGUCACCCUAAUGAUAGGGCAGUGUGUAAGGGUCAGCUCGGGUGACCAAAAGUAUCUUCGCUUCCACGAACUUUGGCCAUCAUUUUGGGACCCACUAAAACACCCCGACUGGGAUGUCUGCCAGAGGGCUUCAAACUAAGAGGCGAACUUAAGGUUCAAACCUGAUUGGAAAAUAAUCUAAAGGGACAAAGGCAACCUAAAGGUGACAAAUAUUUAAAAAGUGGAUAUUAUUAUUUAGUUUGGUUUGUAGCAUUUCGGGUUCUUCUAAGUUACUUCGUCUUAUAGGAGGCAUAACGAAUAUAAAUAAAUUGUGUCACAUGCAAUAAUUAUAAGGUGAACGCUUUUUUAACUUGGUUUGUUUGACAGAUGUAAUGACGUGAAAACUGAUGCAUUUUAUGUCGCGUUCCGUAACUAAAACAAAAGAAAUAAUAUCGCGAACCCAACCAAAUUAAAAAUCAGUAUAGUAAUGAUCUAUAGCUCAUAAAAUUUUUGAUUAUUCAAUUUGGUCGGUUUCGCGAUAUUGUCACUUUUGUUGUUCGGAACGCGACAAAAUCCUCCUACACACGCACACUGUUUUGAUAGAUAUGAUUGAAUUUGAACUUUGUGCAGCGAUAAUAAAGUGCAAAUAGACUCUGACGUUAGGAAUACACCUACAUUGCUUAGACAACAGUGAGUGCUUGUAAUUUAAUAUGAACUUUAUUGAAUAGCAAUAAAGUUCAAAUUGACUCUACAUUUUAUUUACAAAACGUUUGUUUUUCUUGCCGUAAAAACCAUCCUUAGACUUCAACGAAC